AUGAGAUUUUCCACGCUGACGGGUGUCUCCUUGAUGUCGGGGUCCGCCUUGGCCAGUAUCCCACAUAUCGAGAUCAAGGCAAGCCCAAUGAUGCCCAUCCAGAUACAUGCUUUACUAACCAUACUACUGGACAGGGCUCCAAGUUUUUCUACUCCAACAACGGAACUGAAUUGUGAGGGCCACUUUCCUUCUGUAGGCAUUCAAACACUGACACAGCAGCCUAGUUACAUCCGAGGUGUGGCCUAUCAGGAGGAUUACACUGGUGGCGGAGCUGGUGGAAAUGGUCAAUCCAGCAACCGCUACGUCGACCCUUUGGCGGAUGCGUCCAAAUGCGAGCGUGAUAUCCCCUAUCUUCAGCAAUUGCGGACGAACGUCAUCCGGACCUACGCAGUCGACCCGAGCCAGAACCACGACGACUGCAUGCAAAAGCUGGCCGAUGCAGGAAUCUAUGUCAUCACCGAUCUAGCGUCCCCCGAUGAAUCUAUCACGUCCGAUUCCCCCGAGUGGACAGUCGACCAGUACACUCGCUACACUAGUGUCAUUGAUGCAUUGCACCAGUAUGAUAAUGUCAUUGGUUUCUUCGCCGGAAACGAGGUAGUCAACAGGGCAAACGAGUCCACCGGCGCUGCCUUCGUCAAAGCUGCUGCAAGAGAUAUGAAAGCCUAUAUCAAGGACCAGGGGUACCGGGAAUCUCUCGGUAUCGGAUAUGCGACCACCGACAAUCCAGACAUUCGUGUGCCGAUCUCUGAUUACCUCAACUGCGGCGACAAGUCUGAGUCCGUCGAUUUCUUCGGCUACAAUAUCUAUGAGUGGUGCGGCGAUAAAACCUUCCAAACCUCGGGAUAUGAAAACCGAACGAAUGAAUACAAAGACUAUUCCAUUCCUAUCUUCUUCUCUGAAUAUGGAUGCAACGAUGAGAAGCCCCGCAAGUUCAGCGAUGUCCCUGUGCUCUUCGGUCCCCAGAUGGAGGAUGUCUGGAGCGGCGGUAUCGUCUACAUGUACUUCGAAACUGAAAACGACUACGGUUUAGUCUCAGUCGAUGGCAAGUCUAUCAAGACUGAAGCAGACUUUGGAUCCUACUCCAAGCAAAUCCAGUCUGCCACACCCACCGGCAUCAACAGCGCCAGCUACUCCCCCACCAACUCCCCCCGCGCCUGUCCCACCGUCGAUGACAUGUGGCUCGCCAAGUCGAGCCCCCUUCCCCCAUCUCCUAACAAGGACCUCUGCUCCUGUAUGGUGUCCAGCCUGUCCUGUGUUGUCAGUGACUCCGUCAAGGCAGAACAAUACGGCGAGCUCUUCGGUCAAGUCUGCGGGUAUGGCCAGGGUAUCUGUGACGGCAUCUCUCACAACGCUACGACUGGUGACUAUGGUUCCUACAGCGUCUGUUCGAGCAAGGACCAGUUGUCCUUCGUCCUUGAUCAGUAUUAUAAAGACCAGGGUAAGCGCAAGUCUGCCUGUGAUUUCGACGGUGCAGCGUCGAUCCAGUCUGCCAAGGAUUUGUCUGGCACCUGCAAGUCUUUGGUCAGCCAGGCGGGGUCAGCGGGCACAGGAAAGGUGACUUCUCGUCCUACCGGUGAUGGCAGCGCAGCUAGUACCUCUACUUCUGAGGGCGCAGCUGCUGGUGUUGUGAGCCCUGUUGCUGUUCGGGUGAGUGGUUGGUUCGGUGUGGCGUACUUUGUUGCGGCUGCGGUGGCUGGUUUCCUGAUGGUCUCUCUAAUCGAUCCAGCACCCCCUCACAAUUCCAUCACCAGCAUCAAUAUGGAAUCUCUCAGUCCCGAAGUGCUUCUAUUAAUCAUACCUCAUCUCUGCGAGGAACCCUGCAUUCUCAGACUGAAGCCAUGGCAUCGACCAUGGGAAACAACGCCUGUUUUAAACAUCGCCUCAUACGCGGCCAUCUCCCGUUCAUGGCAAUACGCAGUCGAACGCUUUACGAUGACGAAUAUCCACAAACACAGUUCUGAUCUCCUCAGAUUCCGUGAAAUAUUUUCUCUUCCACGAAGGAGGCAAACGCUACGACGUCUACAUUAUGAAAUUGGUCUACCGGCCUACAGUGCAAAUCAAGUCAGUCGUUUGGAGAGACAAAAGGAAAGAGACAAAGCCUUCGAGAAGGGUCUCAUCGACCUUUUUGACGAGUUAGCGACAUGGGACAAGCAAGGCAUCUCCCUAACAGUCACAACUGCCUCGUCCAUGGACCUUAGCCAUCGGUCACUAGAUUUAGACAUAGGACUAAGACCUGGGUACCGGACUAUGAGGGACAUCUACCUUUCUUCAGACAAUGCGGAUCUACCAGAAUUACCAAGCAUCAGGUCCUUGUACAUCCCUGACUUAGAACGGUAUCUGUACCCCUCAGUGGUCGGUUGGAUUAUCUCUUCAUCACCUAGGUUGGAAAGCCUAACACUGAAGCUGAACGCCCCCUCUCCGAACAAGGAGCUACAGAAGUAUCGACUAGCCCUCGCCAAAGCGCUAGACUCACCGACCCUAAGCAACCUUAAGAACCUAUAUAUCUCCUUCGAAGAGAGCAUCCCCCUCAACCACAGCUAUGAAACCCAGGACGAAGACCCAGUCUACCCAGAUGGAGAUGUGCUAAACCUGUCCCUCAGAAAGCUAGCAGAAACUGCCCCCCUCGAAAGUCUCAUACUCACAGGAUGGUGGCCAAUUUCUCCUGCACUUUUCAAUGGAACGGCAUCAUUCCCCUAUUUACAGGAUCUUCAUAUCGAUGCAGCGACGCUAACCUACGAUGGUCGAUGGUAUUACACGGGCGAUCCCGAUUCUGUGGAUCCUCACUUUCAAUUCGACACUGACGAGGAUGAGGGUUCUGAAUCGGACCUAUCUAUCAUUCCGGAAGAUACUGAAGCGGUCGAUGGGCAGGGAGAAGCCGUUUUUUAUGACGAAGAAGCUCAGCACCUGUGGAGAACUGUACCAGAACCUAAGAUGUUUAAUGCACUGAUGAAGUCUAUGGCUGAGGCUAUGUAUCGGAUGCCUGGAUUGUUGGGUCUGGAGUUUAGGAUGAGGGUGUAUCCUACGGGCGAUCAUGCAAUUUCUUUGGAGUAUUCUGCGACAGGCCAUGUGCCGUGUGGAGAUAGAUGUCCUGAUACACUGUCGCAAUGGACAGCGAAGUGGGAGAUACCCGGUGAUAUUUUAGAGCUGUGGAGAAAGCGUUUGGGUUGGGAAGGGGUUAUUCUCUUGCAGGGUUGGUUGGCCCCGAGGCAAUGGAGUUCAUUAUGUCUGCACAAUGAUGCUUAA